AUGGGUAAUCAUCUUGACACUCCUGGCCAGAACUUUGUGCUAGGACUCCGGAUUACCAGCGCCAUAGUGAGUAACAUCUUGACCAACUACGUACUCCCCUUGAUUCUCUACUACAUCUAUCAGUAUGCCUUUUUAGUAACAGCCUCAAUGCAGUUUGCUGAGGGGACAGUGAUCUUCUUCACACUCUGGGUAUCACCAAAAGAUCUUGGCCUGAUAGAUGCCAUAGAGUUUGAACGGCUUACAUUUCAUCGUGCUGCAGUAAAUGACAUCCGUGAAGUAGGAGUAAAUGAAAACAACAUCUUGGGUGAGGAGAAUGAGCAAGAAGAUGAUAGAGUACCCCGAAUGCCAUCCUUUGCCCUCCGUUGCCUCUAUGGGUUUGUACUAUAUACCCUGGCCUAUGCCAGCCUGACAUACACAGAAGAUUUCUUCUUCUUCUGGAUGCCCUUUUAUCUAGACGACAACUUUCCACAUGCAGGCCGCCUUUCCAUCUGGUACGUUGUUGGAGUGGCUUUAGGUGGAAUGUUUCAAACCUUACUCUCAGAAAGAGUCCAGAAGAGAUCUCCUAUGUUAGCUGUGUGUCUAGCCAUUGGGUUCCUGGUUAGAUAUAGCUAUUUCCCCCGACACAUGGCUAUGAGUGUACUGCUAAUGUCAGUUAUAAGUCUUUUCAUCAGCAAAACGUCAACUAUAUUUGGUUCUACCAUCUUCCCUGAGCUGAAUGCCCAAGAGCGGAUACAUGGGAGUAGAGAAGUCUGGGCUAUAGUUACGGGCGUUGUGAAUGGAAUUAGAAGGAUGGGUACAACAACAGAGCAGUUUUUAAUGUCUCUGCUCCAAACCAAAUUUGGAUGGAUAUGGGUUUCCUAUUUUUUUGUGUUCAUCACAGGUUUCGCCAUUCUCUUUAUUUUCCCACUACUAUUGAGGAAAAUAAGAGAUCUUAUACAAAGGCCAUUUAUACCUGUAGAGGAUGACCAGGCCCCCUAG